GUCGCUGCUGAUAAAGUGUAUUUGACACCUAUUAUGUGAUAACCAUCACUUUGUUUUGGUUAGGCGUGCAGAAUGAAUUAGGUUAAAAAUACUUUUAAAGAUUUCAAAUUUAUCCAAAUAUCUUUAAGAUAAAAAACAUUAAAAAUAUGCAUAGAUUAAUCAAAGGUCCAGGAUCGAAUUUUUAUAAAUAUUCUCGAGAAUCAUUCAGCACACUUAAUAAUAACGGAAAAAGUUGCCUCUUAUGUAAAAUAAAUAAUAUUUGUAGAGGCUCAUUUAUUUAUAAUUCGACUGUAGCUCAUCCAAGUUUAAAGUAUAAGAAACCCAGAAAAAGAUGUAAAAAGGAAUAUGCCGAAUUGUUAGUUGUUUCAGAAAAUUCGUUAUGUCAACGCAGAGCGAAUAUAAAAAAACUCACUUUUAGCGAUUUGGAAUUACUAGCUAGUACAAAUUUGAAUUUGAGUGAACUAUAUAAACUUAAAGAAAUUUCUGAGAAUUCUGUGGUAACUACAGUAAAUGAGUAUACUUACAAUAAUUUAAAUGUCAUUGAAAAUUUUCCAUCAUCUAAUAUAAGCUCUUCAGAUAUCACUUCAAGUUCCAAUAAAAUUGAAAAAACAGUUGUUUUGGAAGUACCCAAAGAAAUCAUUUUUAAUACUCCUACUUAUAUGAAUAUUUUAAGAGAUAAACUAAGAAAUGAAUCAGGAAUUGAACAUAAUACUGAGCUAAAUAAUUCCAAAGUAUCAUUCUUUUUACCUACUAAUGAAUUGAUAACUGAAGUUAAUGGAGUUGAACCCAGUGAAGAGCACGAGGCAGAUCUUGACAGUAUCAAAGUGGUAAAUACAUUUCAGCCAGAAGUAAUAGAUGAGCAAAUAUCAGAAGUUGAUGAAAUUAAAGAUCCACCAGACAAACCCAUUGUAAAGGCUAGUAUAGACCGUAAACGUAGAAAAGAAAUUAUAACAAAAACAAUUGCUGCAUAUAUAGAAGUAUGUUCCAGUUUAAAAAACCCUCAAAGAGGAUUGAAUGCUUUACAGUUUCAUAGAUUUCAAGCUAAAAGAAUGGGGCGGAAGCAAUAUGUUCCAAUACAAAGUAAAAAUGUUUAUAAUGUCCUUCUGAAAGGAUUUGCUGAUAAGGGUGAUUUACCAAAAGUUCGAGAAGUACUGGCUAUCAUGCAAGAAGAUCAUAUUGACAGAAAUAUUCAAACUUAUGUAGCAAUAUUUGAAUGUUUAGGAAGAGACAAUGUCAACAAUUAUUUGGAGGAGAUAAAAAAGUUUGCAGAAGAAGCUCAAACCCAAGGAAUUACAUUUGAUAUGAUAAUGAAUAAAGGAGUUUUUUUAAAUAAAGAAAGGGAACUUGUUUUGAAUGCAAUCCGUUGCUUUUCACCAAACUAUGAACCUCAAUAUCAGGAACCUCAAGUAACCUAUAAUAACCACUUAGUAAAUGGGUUAAAUCAUUCCGAUCAACAAAAACCAUUUGUGUUAACCAGUGAUUCUAGCAAGGGGUUGUUUACAGAGGCUUCACUUAUGGAAUGUGUAGAAAAACAAAUUGAAAUGGAAAAAGAUGGAUAUGUAACAAUUAACAGUAUUGAAAAAAAAGGACCAGUAACAGAAGAAAUACAGAGAAAUCGUAAUUCUCUAGAAGAACAUUAUAAAAUGUGGGAAAAUGAAGCAUUAAAAGCGUUCAAUAGAGAUUUAGCUACUUUAACUGCACAAAGAAGUGCCAUAAACAUGGAACCAUAUAUAAGAUCUAUUCCAGCGAAGGAUUGUAUAGCAAUAAUUGUUGAAGAAGCUAAAAAGAUGGCUCAAGGAUCAGAAACAUACAGUCCUACAGUUAAUAUGUUGUAUAAAGAAUUGGGUAGUAAAGUAUAUGCUCGUUAUAAGAUCCUUUCUAAACAAAAAAAGGGAGUAUUAGAUAAAGUGACUGAUAUCCACAAAACUUAUUGCAAUCAUUAUUCUAAAACACAUAAACCUUUAAAUGUGUUGCCUGUUGAAGAAGUAACUGUAAAUUCUAGGCAAACAUGGCAAUGGAUUGAUCACAGUUUGAAAAGACAAGGUGCAACACUUGAAACAAACCAUCAAGAAUGGGUACCUACAAUUUUAACUUUCAUAGGAAAAUUUUUGUAUCAUAUUGUUAUGUAUGACCUCAAAGUUGAUGUAAACGUUCUAAAGAACUCUAAACAUAAAAAUUAUUUACCAGCAUUUUAUACUAUAUUUAGAGCUCAAGGUAGGAUUAUCAAAGAAGAAGUGAAACCUCACCCUAUUCUGUGUAAGCUUUAUCGACAGUCCCAUCCUGAAACUUUGACGUUUCCAACUAAUGAAGUGCCAAUGGUUUGUCCACCAAUUCCAUGGAUCUCGACAGAGAUUGGAGGGUACCUGAUAUCUCCUUGCGAUGUUAUUAGAUUACCUACACAGGCUACUAGUCAGAGAGAUAAACUUAAAGAAGUUGGAGAACAGCAACUAUAUCCUAGUUUAGAUGCUCUGAAUCAACUGGCUUCUGUACCCUGGAAAGUUAACCAAAAAGUUUUAGAUGUGAUAUUAGAGGUAUUUAAUAAUGGAGGAUCAUCGACUUUAGAUGUCCCUGAACCCUCUUGGUCACUUACACCACCACCAUUUCCCAGUGCAGAUACUGACAAAUCUGAAAGAUAUCAGCUAUUCAGACAAAGAAUGCAAUAUAGAAGAAAGAAGGCUGAAAUGUAUUCAUUGUGGUGUGAUUGUUUAUAUCGUCUCUCUUUGGCCAAUCAUUUCCGCGAUACCAUCUUUUGGCUACCUCAUAACAUGGAUUUCAGAGGUAGAGUCUAUCCAGUUCCACCACAUUUGAAUCAUUUAGGUUCCGACUUGGCUAGGUCUAUGCUUGUUUUUGCUGAACCACGGCCACUUGGACCUCAUGGUUUGGAUUGGUUGAAGAUUCACCUUAUAAAUUUAACUGGGUUAAAGAAAAAUGAGUCAGUAAAUGAAAGGUUGAGAUAUGCCAAUGAAAUAAUUGAUAAAAUAUUGGAUUCUGCCGAAAAACCAUUAACUGGUAACAGAUGGUGGGCUGAAUCGGAUGAACCUUGGCAAACACUUGCUUGUUGUAUGGAAAUUGCCAAAGUCUUACGAUCUCCUGACCCAGAGCAAUUCUUGAGCCAUUUUCCAAUUCAUCAAGACGGAAGCUGUAAUGGUUUGCAGCAUUAUGCAGCUUUGGGACGAGAUAGCGGUGGUGCUUUUAGUGUCAAUUUAACUCCAUCUGAGAAACCACAAGAUGUAUAUAGUGCAGUUGUGACUUUAGUAGAGCAGCAAAGGGCUAAAGAUGCAGCAAAUGGAAUUGAGAUUGCUAAAGUUCUAGAAGGUUUUAUCAAAAGGAAAGUGAUAAAACAAACUAUUAUGACGACAGUAUAUGGUGUAACUCGAUUUGGAGCUAGAUUGCAAAUUGCUCGACAACUUAAAGAUAUUGAUGAAUUCCCGAAGGAGUCUGUUUGGGCAGCAUCUUCGUAUCUUACUAGUAGAACUUUUGAAUCGCUGCGAACAAUGUUCACAUCAACAAGAGAAAUUCAAGACUGGUUCACGGAAUGUGCAAGGUUAAUAUCAUCUGUUGGAUCUCAGCAUGUGGAAUGGAUAACGCCUUUAGGUUUACCGAUUGUUCAACCAUACUUUAAGUAUAGAAAAGCACCAUCAGGACCCACUUAUGAAUCUUACAUCAUGGAUAAAUAUGAAAAACCAAAUGUGAUGAAACAAAAAAACGCAUUCCCACCAAAUUUUAUUCAUUCAUUGGACUCUAGUCAUAUGAUGUUAACAUCUCUUAACUGUGAAAGAGCUGGCAUCACAUUUGUUUCCGUUCACGACUGUUAUUGGACUCAUCCAUCUACUGUACACAUCAUGAACAAGAUAUGUAGGGAACAAUUUGUCGCUUUACAUUCUGAACCCAUAUUAGAAGAUCUAUCCAAAUUUUUAUGGAACAAAUUUAGCUAUGAUCAAAGCGAAUUUAGUGGAGACGGAUCCGUAGGAGACUUGACGAAAAUGAAGUUGAAUCGUAUUUUACGACAUCUCCCAAAAAGAGGCGAUUUUGACAUAAACCAAGUAUUGAAAUCCAUUUACUUCUUUAGUUGAUCUAAUUUUUUUUAUGAAAUAAAAAUACGACCUUCAA